UAAUGUUGUGGCGAGAGUGAGUUGAAAACCAGUAUAUUGAUCACCAAUAAAUCGAUUGAAACCGAAUCUGUACGUGUUAUGUGACUAAAGUAAUGUGUGUUUUUGUUGAGAGAAUUCUAAUUCCGCUGUCGUAAGCGUGCAUCCCGUUGCUAUGGCAACUGUGGAAUUUCCGUGUGUUUAUGACGUCACAAAGAAGAGUUUACCAUUUGAGGAGCGUAGAACUUCUGCAGUUGAGUGUUAAAGAGCUUGGACGAGUUUGAGGGAAGUUGUUUCUUAUGAACACUGUAUACACACAUCAACUGAGUCUCUAGAUACAGAUUAUAGACACAAACAGAAAGUGAGUUUGAUAACUGUGCAUUAAGAUCAGAUCUGUCAGUAUGAUAACUCCAGACACAGUGUCUAUAGUGGCGAGAGAGGUGCGUCUGGAGGUUUAUCUCAACGGUGUCUUCUACACCGGAGACAGUUGCUUUGCAUUAGAUGGUAAAGAUGUGCAGCUGGAGCUGGAGAUCACCGAUGCCAUCUACGACCUUCUCGGCUUCAGCGGUAAUCAAGAGAUAGAUGUGAAGCUGCAGGUCAUGACGGAUGACCACAUCUCCGUCAGUUCCUGCAGUCCAGGAGAGAUGCACGUACAGCUGGAGACUGACGAGAAUGAGCACAUGUCGGUGUGUGAGGUCAAAGAUCUGCAGCUGGAGAUGAACAGGAACAGCAUCUCGGAGCUGAAGAGCCCUGAGCCGGUGUCUGAAGAUGAGAGCGAUCCAGUCCCAGCAGGAGCUUCAGGAGAACAAGCCCUGGAUGAUGAGGAGAACCGCUCAACAGAAAGCACUGGCGGGUGGAUGUUUGAGGAAAUGAGUGCAUUCUUCCAGACGAACACGAUGAAUGCUGUUGGGGAACCUGAAGAGGAUCUUAUUGAUCCGAAGGAAUCCCAGUGUGUCCCAGAUCCAAGUGUUCCCGAGCCAGAACUUGAAAUGGAUCUGGUCAGUAAAGAGCAAUUGUGUAUGACUGAACCUAAAGUGGAUCUGGUUGAGCCAGCCGUUCCUGAGCCAGAAGCUCAAGUCACAUCAGAUCUUUCAAGGUUGGAAAACCACAUCCCUCUAAGCGUGUUCCAGCUGGAGGAUCGUUUGAGGGAAUGUACGCUGUCCAAGACUCCAGUCUCUGAGGUCUGGCCCAGGGUCUUCAUUGGAAAUGAAGAGACAGCAAGGGACCGAGAUAAACUGAAGGAGAUGGGCAUCACACACAUCCUAAACGCUGCAGCCCCGAAGAAGAACCUGAAGUUCCUGUUGGGAAUGGCAAGAGAGAAAGACCUUCUAGGAACGGUCAAUACCGGGUCCAGAUAUUACAGAGGCUUGCAGAUCACGUACUGUGGCUUGCCUUCGUCGUACAGACACUGUUCUGACAUCAGCGAGUACUUCAUACCAGCUGCCAAAUUCAUUGACAAGGCCUUGAGGAACCCAAUGAGUAAGGUGCUGAUUCACUGCACGCAGGGUCUCAGCCACUCUGUGACUCUGUUUCUGGCGUAUCUGAUGAUCUGUCAUGACAUGAUGGUGGAGGAGGCCAUCGAUCACGUCAUGAAGGUGAGACGCAUCAGGCCCUGGUUUGGUCAUCUGAGGAAGCUGCUGUUCCUCAACGCUGAGCUUGUGCUGCAGAGAAAACUGAAGCUGCAGGGAAAAGAACCAGAGAGAAAGAGGCAAAAAUGGCAGAUAAAAACAAAAUAGAGCUCAGAUAAAAUAGUGUACAAAUAAAGAAUGGUGCACAGGUUAAAAAAAUACAAAUACAUGUAUGCACAGAUAAAAAAAAAUGUUGCACAGAAAAAAAAAGAAAAGUAAAGAGAAAAAUACAGCACAGGUGAAAUACAACACUGAGAAUAAAUAAUGCACAGAUAAAAAAAAAACAGAGCAAAAAUAAAAUAGUUCUCCUAUAAAAAAGUGCAAUGAUUAAAAACCACAGCACAGAUCAAAAAUGUUGUUUAAAAACAAGUGCACAGAUAAUUUGGCAAAAUAAGUAUAAUUAUUCAAUAAUUACAAAUACUUGAAAUGUAUUAAAUAUAUGAUAUUUUGUAAAGCAUUGUUGUAAGUGUGUGUGAUUUCUGACUUCCAUCAUUACUAAGAGCUAACACCAAGCUUGUGUUAAAAAUAGUAAGUGUUUUACUGAGGCUGGGCUGCUAUUAUAUUAGAUGUUUCCUAAAUGAGUUUUUCCUCAGUAUAUAUAAUCAAAAUACAACAUUACCACAAACAA